AUGGACUACUUGCGCUCGGCGUCGUCAGGGACGCUUGCGGCCUCUCCGCAUUACCUCGGUGGGGUGAGUGACUCCUUAGCUCACUUGCCUCCGUUGUACCAGCUGCUUUCUUUGGGCGGUGUUUUCUGCGUGAUACACCUGCGUAAUAACGCUGUUGUGACGUGGCUCGUGGUGCAGUUGCACAGUUCCAUUGGCACUGAGGCGAUGUGGCCAGAGGAGUACAAGGCCACGCUACGGGCCAUGACCUUCACGGAGCGGCUCUGUUUCACACUGUACGGUGCCGCGCUGGCGGCGGUGGCCGUCGUCCUCUUCCGCGUCUUCUGCCAGGAUACUUGGAAAAUUGGCUUGAGCGCAGGUCAGAUGUUCCCCGACAAGAAGCUACCAACAAUUGCCAUGGUAGUCUUCAUGUGCGUCGCCGAGGGCAUCCGACUGCAACAGGUGAUUGUGCAGGAGUUAUACACUCCUGGGUCGCUGGCGAGACUCGCCAUGCACGGCUUCGACGGGAUCGAGGAGAGCGAGUAUGACCAGAGAGUCUCCGAGAGCAACACCCAUUUUGUGAUUCAGUUUGAGCUCCUUCGCGCCUACCUGGCGCAAGCGUGCGUCCACCGCGUCCCUGUCAUUCUCCUCGCCGGAGCCUACCGCUUAUUUCGCGAUGUGCCCAACAAGGCGCAUGUGGCAUUGCGGUGGUACAUGGCGACUAUGGCCGGCUUCACUGUUGCGCAGGAGAUGCUCAGGAUGUACAUCCGGCACGUCUGGACAGACUGGAGCCUGUGGGUGAUGGUUAUUUGGUCCCUCGUCUUCCUGGGUGUCGUGAACUAUGUGUACGGUCUGUCAAAACGGGCUGGAACGGUGGUGACGAUCUCGUCGACGAACUGUGUGAAGGAGGCAUUGCGUGGCCUUGUCACGUGCGGCUCGCUGUGGCUCAUCGCCUCACUGAUAGUUCUCGCCUUCGUUGUGAGCGUGCACGAAGAGCUGGUACUUAUCUGGCUCUUCAUGUCGCUCAUGAUCCUGUGGACGCCUGCUAUCAUCGAUGCGUGUGCUACCGACUACAUGGCGUUUCUUGCCAUUGGUGCGGGGUGCAUGGUGUAUGCCAUGGACGGCGUCUCCUCCGUGUGGGCGAGCGUGCGCUUUGGUGUGCUGCACUUCUUAUGGUGGUUCUUUCCCUCUCUCCUGUACAACGCGACGCUGCACCUCUUCGCAUCCCGCUACAUCGCCAUGACGGUCGCGGCUUCCUGGUUUUUGUGGUCGCUGGCGCCUCCGAGCGAGCUCUUGAAGAAUGCCGAGUCGGCCGCGGAGCUUGGCCUAGAGGAUGGUCACGGUGUUGUGCACCUGUUCACGGCACGCGUGCUGUGGCUCCGCGCUGUAGCGGACUUCCGCACCCUGCCGGAAGGGUCAUGGAUUUACGGUCUGACGCAGGGGGACGGCGAGCGCGCCUUUGAUCUCAUCCUCCACGCGGCAGCCUCGGCGUGCGCUGUGUGUAUCGCGAUCAGCUUUGCCGUGGAGCGCCGCUUCACCGCCGAGGCACGUCUUGCGUGGCGGCAGCGUGACAUCGUUAGUGCCACGCCGGCUGUGCUGCUGCGUAAAAUGAUUCGCACCGUUGUGGUAGUGGGAUGCGUGGCUGCCUCGGCAGGGAUGUGGUGGGUGGUGCGGCAUUACGUGCUCCCGAUGUGGACGCAGCUACUGCCUGACAUCAUCAGCAAAUUGCUUGCGACGGUGGCGGCGGUGACAGUGCUCGGCAACCUCAUGGACAUGCAUGAUAGUAUGUACAUCGCAUGUAUGCGCAUUCUGGGUCUGCCGGACCCGCUUUUCAGGAUUGAUGAGCAGGCGGCCGCCAGCGACGACAUGGCCAGUUCCGCCACCUCGUAA